AUAGCUCUAUGAGGUUUCAAUUUCCCAGAUCUUCAUCCCAUUUUCUUCACCUUUUCCCACCCCCCUUCUUCUACAAAUCUUGAAACACCACCAUUUUUGUAACUCAAAUUUAGAAACACCAUUUUUGAACUAAAUUCGUGAAUCUUGAAACACACCACCAUUCUUCAAAAAACUUACAAAAUCUCAAAAUCCAAACACAAUGUCAACAAAAUCAUUGAAAUCCAGGAAACCCCCAUCAAAUUUAUCCCCGCAAUCUUCAACAAAGCCAUCAUCUUUACCAUCACAUAUUGCCAUGAUUGAGUUAAAACACAGAAUCUUGACUUCACUUUCCAAGCUUUCAGACAGAGACACACACCAAAUCGCCAUUGAAGAUCUUGAAAAAAUCAUCCAAACACUAACCCCAGAUGGAAUCACAUUGACCCUUAACUCCCUUUAUGACGGCGCCGCCUCAGAUUCCAACAAACCCGCCGUCAAGAAAGAGUCUUUAAGGCUUUUAUGUUACUUAUGUGCUGCCCAUACUGAAUCUGCGUCGACCCAUUUGACUAAAAUUAUUGCCCAUGUUGUUAAAAGGCUUAAAGAUUCUGAUUCAGGUGUUAGAGACACGUGUGGUGAUGCAAUUGGUCAGCUUUCUCGUUUGUAUUUGAAAGGUGAAAAUGGGCUUGUUGCUGUUACUUUGUUUGUUAGGCCUUUGUUUGAAGGUUUGAAUGAUCAGAAUAAAGUGGUGCAAGCUGGCUCUGCAAUGUGUUUAGCUAAGAUGGUUGAAAUGGCUUCUGACCCGCCUGUUUCGGCUUUUCAAAAACUUUGUGGGAGAAUUUGCAAGUAUCUUAAUAACCCGAAUUUCUUGGCUAAAGCUGCACUUUUGCACGUGGUUUCUAGUCUUUCUCAGGUUGGUGCUAUUUCUCCACAAUUUUUGGAGCCACUGCUUCAAAGCAUACAUGACUGUCUUAGCAAUUCUGAUUGGGCAACUCGAAAGGCAGCUGCUGAUGCAUUGAUUGCCUUGGUUCUGCAUUCUAGCAACUUGAUAACAGGAAAAACAGGCCCAACUAUAACUGCUCUUGAGGCUUGCCGCUUUGAUAAGAUAAAACCGGCAAGAGAAAGUAUAGUUGAAGCUUUGCAACAAUGGCAAGGUCUUGCAGGAGGUUCUGGCGAUCAAAAAGCACCUGUUCAAGUUGGUGAAGAUUCAGUACCAGCCACGUUAGAUGAACAAAAAACAGAGGCCCCGCCAAAGAAUAAUGAACCUGAGGGUAGUAACAUACCUGAGAAGGCUGUUGGAAUCUUGAAAAAGAAAGCACCUGCUUUGUGUGAUAAAGAACUAAACCCCGAGUUCUUUCAAAGACUUGAAAGACGGGUUUCUGGUGAAGUUGAAGUGGUUGUCCCUCGUAGAUUUGUGAAGUCCUCUAAUGAGCAAAAUGGAGAAGAAUCUGGCCACAAUGAUGCAGAUGCCGGGUCACAGUCAAAAGAGAGCUACCAAAGAUUAGACCGAGGAAUCAGUGGUCCUUCUAGAAGGCGAGAAUUUGAAGAUAUGAAUGACCUGAGUCAAAGGGAGGGAUCCAGGAGCAAUAAAGGAAAUUUGUUGGCUAUCCAGCGGCACUUACUGCAACUUGAGAAACAACAGGCUCAUCUCAUGAAUAUGUUGCAGGAUUUCAUGGGUGGAUCUCACGAUGGCAUGUUGACUUUGGAAAACAGAGUGCGGGGUCUGGAGCGAGUAGUUGAAGACAUGGCACGUGAUCUAUCAUUAGCGGGUAAUAGUCGAAGGGGUGGAAAUUAUAUGAUGGGAUUUGAGGAAUCUAGUGGUAGACCAUUAGGAAAGUACAACGGAUUUUCUGACUAUCCUAAUUCAAAAUUAGGGAGGACUGAUGACCCGAUGUCUUACAUGGGUUCAAGUAUGAGGGGUAGAGGAUCUUCUUGGAGAGCAGAUGGUCCCGAAAGCUGGGACUACCAUUCAUAUGGCAGAAACCCGCAAAUGGGUUUAAGGAGGGCUAUGGAUGGCAGGUCACCUAAAUCAGAAAACGAAACUGAACCUGUGAAUAGAAGGGGUUGGGGGGAUAAAGGAUCUGGCCCAGCUAGGUUCGGGGAGGGCCCCUCGGCUAGGAGUGUUUGGCAAGCUUCAAAAGAUGAAGCCACAUUGGAAGCGAUUAGGGUGGCAGGUGAAGACAAUGUGCCUGUACGGACUGCGCGAGUAGCGGUUCCUGAAAUGACUGCAGAAGCAAUGGGAGAUGAGAAUGUGCAGGAUCGGGACCCAGUUUGGACAUCUUGGACUAAUGCCAUGGAUGCACUUCAGAUGGGUGACGCUGAUACAGCUUUUGCUGAAGUCUUGUCUACUGAGGAUGAUUUAUUGCUUGUGAAGCUAAUGGACAGAACAGGCCCGGUAAUUGACCAGCUUUCAAGUGAGGUAGGGACUGAAGUUCUGCAUGCUGUUGCCCAGUUUCUUCCAGACCAGAAUGUGUUUGAUAUCUGCUUGUCGUGGCUUCAACAGUUGCUUGAUAUGAUUGUAGAGAAUGGAACAGAUAAUGUGGGAAUUCCAAUAGAAGUGAAAAAGGAGAUUUUAGUGAAUCUGAAUGAGGCCGCUUCAACUAUUGAGCCUCCUGAGGACUGGGAAGGCAUGGUGCCAGACCAGCUCUUGUUGCAGCUGGCAUCAGCCUGGGAUAUUGAUCUGCAUCAGCUAGAAAAGUGAAGCAAGAUGAAGGCUUAUAUUGAUGUGGAAGUUUAUAAUCUUUGAUUGAAAUUAGUGAUUAUAUUUGGUUUUAUUAGCUUUGACAUCAGAUGUAGAUGAAACAAACAAGAUGAGGCUUGUAUCCUUGGUUUGAAUUUCCAUUUAUUGCGUAAAGAGUAGUGAAAAAGUUUUGUAUGUGA